UGGGAAAGGAGGCUCUUCGGGGGGAGUUUCGCGGAAGGGAAGCCCUCGCGGAGCGGCGGGCUCGGCCGCUCGGCGCAGAACAAUACUCGCCGCCAAAGUUGCGGCGCGGCGGCGGGCGGGGGGCGGCGGCAGGAUGCCGCAGCUCGGGGGCGGCGGCGGCGGCGGCGACGACCUGGGGGCCACGGACGAGAUGCUGGCGUUCAAGGACGAGGGCGAGCAGGAGGAGAAGAUCCCCGAGAACGCCUUCACCGAGCGCGACCUGGCCGACCUCAAGUCCUCGCUGGUCAACGAGUCGGAGGGCAGCGGCAGCCCCGCCGCCGCCGAGGCCGAGGCCAUCCGCCGCGCGCAGGAUCCGCAGAGGGUCUAUCAGGAGAAGCUGCCGGACCACAUGGAAGAUGGUCUCAAGCACCAGGACGCGGGGAUGUACAAGGGCUCGGCGUACUCCGGCUACCCCUUCCUCAUGCUCUCCGACCCCUACCUGCCCAACGGAGCCAUGUCGCCCCUGUCCAACAAGGUGCCCGUGGUGCAGCCGUCGCACGGAGUCCACCCGCUCACCCCGCUCAUUCCCUACAGCAACGACCACUUCAGCCACGGCUCCCACUCGCCCCACCUGCCCGCCGACCUCAACCAGAAGCAAGGAGUGCACCGUCCUUCCCAGACGUCCGACAUCCCGGGCUUCUACCCGCUCCCUCCCGGCGGAGUCGGACAGAUCACGCCGUCCAUGGGCUGGCAGAGCCAGUCUGUCUAUCCGCUCCCGUCAUGUGGAUUUAGGCAGCCGUACUCGUCCGCGCUUUCCGCCGGGGCCUCGUUCUCCAGGUUCACCCACCCGCUGAUGCUGGGCUCCGGCGUGCACACCACCGGCAUCCCGCACCCGGCCAUCGUGCCCCACUCCGGCAAGCAGGAGAUGGAGCACUACGACCGGAACAUGAAACCUCAGCCUGAACCAAAGAGAGAGAAGGAAGCCAAGAAGCCCACUAUCAAGAAGCCCCUCAACGCUUUCAUGUUGUAUAUGAAAGAGAUGCGGGCGAAAGUCAUCGCCGAGUGCACCCUGAAGGAGAGCGCGGCCAUCAACCAGAUCCUGGGGAGGAGGUGGCACGCGCUGUCGCGGGAGGAGCAGGCCAAGUACUACGAGCUGGCGCGGAAGGAGCGGCAACUCCACAUGCAGCUCUACCCCGGCUGGUCCGCCAGGGAUAACUACGGGAAAAAGAAAAGACGAACACGGGAAAAGCAGCAGGAUUCCACCUCAGAUCCUGCCUCUCCUAAGAAAUGCCGAGCUCGCUUUGGCCUCAACCAACAAACGGACUGGUGCGGCCCGUGCAGGAGGAAAAAGAAGUGCAUUCGGUACUUACAAGGAGAAGGACGCUGUGCCAGCCCAGUUUCUUCCGAUGGAAGUGCUAUAGACUCCCCUCCCUCUCCUCCGGACACCCUCCAACGCGUAUCCUCCGCUUUUCCUCCAGACAAGCUUGCCGCCCCCGCCGCCCCCGCGCACCGACAGCAAAGCGAGCCCUUCCCCAUCUCCGUUCAUGGCAAAACCGCCGCCUGCUCCUCCAGACUGCCCACGAGGUGCCCGUCUACACCCCGCGCAUCGGCAGCGGCCGCCGCGUCCUCGGCGCGCAGCGUGGCUCCCGCGGGGACAUAGUCCCGCCGGGCGCCCGCGCUGGCGUAGACCCCGGGCGCUUCACCCUCCCGCCUGGUUUUGCUGCCCGCUGCGAUGGACCAGAGGCCCUGCCAAAUUUCCCGUCUCACUGUAAAGCUGCCAUUGGCAAAAAGUUAGGCACCGACCUGAUUUAAGGAUGCUGGGAAAUUUGUUUGGUUUUGGGGGGGGGAGGGUGGGGGUUAAAGACAGAAAGCUGAUAAAAAAGGUAAAAGUAAGUACUUGCCAAAAUUGAAAGCGCUGAUGAGUAAACAAGCCUUUUGUCCCUGCCCUGUGCUGCUUUUUUGUUUUUUUGUUUUUUACUGCAUCACCUAUGGAUAUGGCAGAAAGCAAAGAUAAAGGCCCAGCUUGCUGCAGUAGAUGGUAGGUGCUCUGAAUCUAACCACUGGCUUCCACCUCCUGCAUUUGAGCUGCUUUAAGUUGUAGUCAGUCACAGAUCUCUUGUAGCUGUUACACCGCGAAGCUGGAAAAGCUGGAAUAGGUGCAUUUUUUUAAAGCCCUUACGUCUGAAGACUAAAUGUAGCGAUGCUGGAUUUCUGAUCUGACCGGAUGACGGAAAGACAAAAUACUGAAACAAAUGAGGUGAAUUUUUUUAAACUUCUUGUCUGAGAACAGGAAAAUAUUGUUUACAGGUAACAGGUCUCUGUGCAGACAUGCCAAAUCCCGCUAGCGCACAGCACGGCAGAGGAAAACCAAGAGCACUAACUGGCCCGUAGAAGCAGCUUGGAGCGGCCGCUGCAGGUCUGCCUGGUCCUUGCUCGCUGCCCCAGGCAGGUGCAGGCUUCUCCCUGCUGUGAGUUUUUCACCGUAGAUUCAGAUAGCCAGAAUUCUUCUAAAACCGCCUGUGCAAAGACUCAAAAAUCAAUUUGCGAUUAAGCCUCAGCCUAACUCUCUGCAACAACCUAUGCGCCAGCACGCACGAGGAGCACUUAGGGCAAGCGCGCCUGGCGCCUACCUGACGCCUGACCCGUUUACUCCCCACAGAGUGCCACGCUCCAUCUCUAAAAGCGUUUUUACUUAGCUAAUCCGGGGUGGAGGACAGGCUGUAGUAGGAACUUUGCCGUGACUCUCAGCUCUCCCCUUCCUUAGGGGUAGUUUGGAAGCAGAACAGCACACUACCCUGCUCUUCCCUUCGAGCAUCCGUCUGUACUUCUCCCGAGCAAGAUCAAAACAGUUUUAAUGAUUUGGUGUGUAACCUAAAAAAAAAAAAAAAAAAAUCUACCUUUUUCUAAAAGAUCCUCCUUCCACCCCGUGAUGAUGCCAAAUGUUCAUAUAUUCUCUCCAGCUUGAAAACAUUUACCAAUUUCUGGUAUUUUAUUUAUAUUUUGAGCUUGAUAAACAAAAAACACUGUGGACAGAUCCUGAUCUCCAUAACCUGAUGUAAAUCCUAAAUUAAUCCAAAACUAUUGGAUUUAUUCCAGAUUUACACACCUGCCACAGGGAUCACACUCUAGUCCUCUGCAUGUUUUUUCCUGCUUAAAAGAAGUACGUUCUAGACUGCUGAAGAGAAAAAUAACACACGGAAGGAGAGAGGGGUCUAUUUUUUUCUACUUUACAGAAUAGGAUUUAGAGUACUGAAUACAAAUAGUGUAGUAAUAUUAUUGUAGAACUGCAAGAAAUUUAAGAUGACCUUUAUAAUGUACAAAAUAUUUUUAUAUUUUUUUCUUAAUGCAAAAACACCCUAAUUUUUUAUAUUGGACUAAACAUAACUUUUUAAACAAGUUUAUGCAUCAAAGACUAAAUUUUUUUAAAAGAAAACAACAAACCCUAAUUAGUCUGUGGAGCAGCUUUGGGUUUAUUCCCUUUAUUUAGGUAUUUUUGCUUAUAGUAGCGUAGAUUUUUUAAUUCUAGUUUUAGUUUAGAAGAUCUAAACCUAUUGCUUUCUUCCUCUCCUGUGCAAAUGUAACUUCAGAAGCACUGAAUGAAAGCUAUGUGCACAAAUCUGAAAGAGUCAAUUUAAUCCUUAGAGCAGUAGCAUUAUCUGCGCGGACUGCUAACUGUCCGCUUAAAGUCAUACACUUACUGCACUUGGAGGGUUAAUUAUGUAGCACUAGAUCAAUACACAAUCUGCUAGUAUUUAAAUUAUUUUAGCAAGUUUAGACAACAGCAUGGUCUAGUGCCAAAGAGAGGAAUUCAGCAGACUUCCCAGAUCUGACAGACUCUUUCUAUGACUUGAUCAAAAAAAUUUUGCUUUUAAAAAAAAAAAAAAAAAAGGUCUCAGCUCACUAUUUGUCACUUUGAGACCCUCUGAGGUAAGGUGCUGUGUAAGUGUCAACUACUGUAAAAACCACAGAUUACAAAGCAGCAGCAGUGUCCAUUAGUGGUCUAGCAUAACUCAAAAACUGUGUUUAAAACUGGAAUAACUUACACCUUCUUGGUAUUUUGUGGUUGUGUGAAACAAAUACAGCUUAGCAGCAAAGCCAAGGUGGCUAUAAAAGAAAAAGCAGAUGUGUUUAAAUAACAUCACAGGAAGCUUUGGGGAAAGUCCUGCACAGUAUAAACUGCACCCCUUGACCAAGGACCAAGUAGCACUAGCAAAAACAGAGCAGCCGUCACUCAUUUCAGUUCCCUGGGACUUCCAUCCAUUUAUUUCAAGGCUGUUCGCAGCCCCUCUGCAGCGUUCAGGUGCCUGCCUCGACUCGGGGCACGCCGGCCUGGAAAAGGCCCAUCUGUACUGCAGCCUCCUCUCAUCAUUUUUAUUCCAUCCAAUUGUUGCAAAAUUUCGUUAGUAAAACCUGCUUCCCCUGCCCUGUUCCCCAGGAGCCCUGCCUUGUACGCACUCACGCUGCCGCAGAGUUGGGGCUGAUGCUGCUCCCAGAUGGGGCUCACACUGGCCCAGCAACAUCGUUCUCACCUUACGCUCUGCUUUACACAUACAGGUUUAUAGCCAGACUUCAUCCUGUGCUUUCAGCUACCACAGUAUAAACUCGGAAGCCCACUUGGUAGAGAACAGCAUGUUCCGUUUAUACUGGUGCAUCUAAGAAAGUUGAAUCUUUUUUUUCCAAAACAUGCAAGAAAGAGACCUUUAAGCUGACCAUUUCCAAGACAGAGUGAGCAAGACCAAUUUUUGUUACAUGCCUUUGGUUAAUAACCAAUGCCAAAACAGAGAAAGUUACUCUUACUAAUACCAAAAAAGUGUCUUUAGAAAUGCUAUAUGAAGUGUUACUAUUUUGUGUUAAUACCUUUUUUUUUUUAAUAGAAGGAAAACUUUGCCCUUAAGUUUUUAUCGCAACAAGACUUUUUUUUUUUUUAAAGUUCUUUUACAGCAUUUUCAACUCUUUAGAAUUACACAUUUGAAUUCCUGAAACCAGUUUGAAUGUAGAAGUCAUGGAAAUACCACUUCAUUAAACCAAGUAAAACCACUGUAUGUAUGUAGCAGGGAUAAAUGUUUUGCAGCUGUACUUUCAUUUGUCCAAUGACUAUCCAUCGUUUGUUGUAAUUUUUUUUUUUACUUCAUUGAGUUUGUAUUUUUUGGCUUUUAUGUUCAAAAUAUGUUUAUAGCUUUAUAAAUAAAGUAAUUGCCAGACUGGCUAUUCAAAAUAGGCCACUGGAAGUUAUAAUCCUAUAA